AUGGAGGUAAAUAAGGAAAAAAUUCGAUACAUUUUGCAGUAUUACUACGAUAAAGGCAAGAACGCUGCACAGGUUUAUGAAAAAAUUUGUGCUGUUUACGGUGAAAAUACUCUCUCAAAAUCAACCACACGGAAAUGGUUCACUCGCUUUUGUACUGGAAAUUUCGAUGUUAAAGAUGAACCUCGCUCCGGUCGACCAAUCACCGAAACGUCUGAUGAAAUCAUGGAAAAAAUUGAGCGUGAUAAGCAUGUGAGCAGUGUGGAGAUUGCGAGGGAACUAGGCAUCGACCACAAAACGGUUUUGAAUUAUUUACUCAAAACUGGAUAAAAAAAGCUCGAUGUUUGGGUUCCUCACGAGUUAAGUGUUAAGAACAUGAUGGACCGAAUUAACAUUUGCGAUACGCUACUGAAACGGAAUGAAAUUGAGCCAUUUUUAAAGAGAAUAAUAACUGGUGAUGAAAAAUGGAUUACGUACGACCAUCGAACUCAAAAAAGAUCGUGGAUAAAGAAAGGAGAGAAAGCGCAAACAAUCGCAAAACCUGGAUUGACGACAAAGAAGGUAAUGUUGUGUGUGUGGUGGGAUUGGAAAGGAAUCGUUCACUAUGAGUUGUUACCGCCCGAUCAAACAAUUAAUUCCGAACUCUACAGUGAACAACUGAAAAGAUUACAACAAGCAAUUGAGAGGAAGCGGCCAGAAUUAAUCAAUAGAAAGGGUGUCGUUUUCCAUCACGACAACGCUCGACCACACACAUCUUUGAUGACUCGGCAAAAAUUGCGAGAGCUUGGUUGGGAGGUUUUAAUGCAUCCACCUGAUAUAGCACCCUCAGAUUAUCAUUUGUUUAGGUCUCUGCAAAACUCUCUUAAUGGUGUAAAGCUGGCUUCAAAAAAGGCCUGUGAAAAUCACUUGAUGCAGUUUUUCGACCAGAAACCACAGAAGUUUUAUCGCGAUGGGAUUAUGGCUCUGCCCCAAAAAUGUCAAAAUAUUAUCGAAAAUAAUGGAGCAUAUUUGAUUUGA